AUGUCGAUGGUUUUUACGCCUCUCACGGAGACAACUGCUGUAGAAUAUGCUUUAGCGGCACAGUUUACAUCAAGUGAAGAAAAUCUGAUUGUUGGGAGGUCAAAUAGACUGCAGAUCUAUUGUCUUUUGAAAGAACAAAAGGAAUCAAUGGUGUAUUGUGAUAAAUUAGAAGAAGAGGGGACAGAGACAUAUCUUGGGGGACGCCAUGAGAAUUUUCUUGAUUCAAAUGUGAAGUUAGAGCCGUCUCGGCUGGAGAUGGUGACAUCAUUGGUCCUUAUAUAUGAAACAGAGUUGUAUGGGGAGAUUACGUCUAUGAGCAAGGUUCGUACGAAAGAUUAUGAAAUAACAAAGAGAGAAUGUAUUUUGGUAUCUUUUAGAGAAGCAAAAGUGUCUCUUUUGGAAUGGGAUAAGGCGAAUUUUUGCAUUUCAACAGUAAGUAUCCAUUUCUAUGAAAAAGAAGAAUAUCGGUCGUCUUUGUCACUUGAAUUUAGUACACAAUUGGUUAUGGAUCCGUCUUAUAGGUGUGUAACGCUUAGAUUUUAUCGGGAUAUGUUUGCAAUCAUUCCUUUUCGCCAGAAAGAUAUUCUUUCUUUAGAUGAUGAUAUAAUGACGACAAAUACCCAAGAUAUAGAGUCUUCUCAAUCACCAUAUUAUUCAUCCUCUGUUAUUUCUUCGAAACAAAUGCAUGAAGGGAUUUCACAUAUUGUUGAUUGUGGUUAUCUUUACGAUUAUCGAGAACCUACUCUUGCUAUUCUUUAUUCCGCAUUUCAAACGUCAACAGGACUUCUUCCAUAUCGUCAAGAUACGAUGAGUUUUACGGCAAUUACAUUAGAUCUUCAACAAAAAGCAUCAACUGCUAUUUAUACUGUUGAUAAGCUUCCCUAUGAUUUGUUUAGCGUAUUACCUCUCCCAAAUCCUAUUGGAGGUACUCUUCUUAUUGGAAAUAACGAGUUGGUCUACGUUGACCAAGCAGCACGAGUUAAAGCUGUUUCAGUAAAUUCUUUUGCGAGGAAAUGCACACAUUUGGAUUUUAUUGAAGAUUACGAUCUUAAUUUAAGACUUAAUGGAGCUGUAGGGGUAUAUUUGGAACUAUUAGAUGAUCAACCUGGUGCUGUUUUAUUGGUUAUCGAGGAUGGACGGUUCGUUCAGGUUGGGUUUAAGUUAGAUGGAAGAGUUGUCAGUUCUCUUUCAGUAAAAAUAUUGGAUCAAAGUGUUAAAAAUGAUUUUUUGAAAUCAGAAGCAAGCUGUAUAGUUUUAUUAAACAAUGAACAAUUGUUUAUUGGAAGCAAAGUCUCUAAUAGUGUAUUAUUGGAAUGGAAAAGACAAAGCGAAAUUGCAGAGAAAUUAUUAUCAGAACCUCGAGUAAUAUUUGAUGAAGAUAGAGAAGUUUUAAAUGAUUUGUAUGGAGAAGAUUUUGAUAUUGUUGAUACCAGUAGUAUUUUACAAAGAAAUGGAGUUUUUGGAGAUAUACAGUUUCGUUUAUUUGAUACUUUAUAUAGUUGUGGACCUAUUGUUGAUAUGACCAUUGGGAGAUCUUUUUUGUCCUAUAUGGUAAGUACGGAUCAAUAUGUUCUUGACUUAGUAGUAGCUACUGGGAAAAAUAGAACUGGUUCUGUUAGCAUUUUUAAGAAAAGUAUACAACCUGAUGUUAUUGGUGGUUUUGGACUUCCCGGCUGUUGUGGGCUGUGGACUAUUUUUCUUAGAAAUUUUGAUAUACAAGGUUUUGUAGAUGAAUCGUCUACUUCAAGAAAUAAUUUAGAUAAUUAUUUUUUUGUUUCAAAGUCAAAAGAAAGUAUGAUAUUUACCGUUGGUGAAAGUUUUGAUGAAAUACAAAAUACAGAAUUUGAUACAUGUGGGAAUACUAUAGAAGUAGGUACUAUUUUUAAUCAUACAAAAAUUCUACAAGUAUCAUGCGAUAGUAUUAGAGUUUAUAAUACUGACAUAUUUUUAACACAAUAUAUUUCAUUAUGUGAUAAGGAUGAUUCUUUGAAUGAAACAAUUGUUUAUGCGUGUAUAAUGGAUCCUUAUGUUUUUUUAAAGCUUAAAAGUAAUAAGUUUUUUAUAUUGUUUGCUGAGCCAGAAUCUAAAGAACUUGUUCAGCUUUUUCUUCCUGCAAUCUUAAAAAAUGAAAAAAUAGUUUCGGCGUGUUUUUUUUCUCCUCAAGGAAUUAUAAAUCAGAAUUUUUCAAAUUAUUUUGUAGAUGAUUUAUCUAAUCAUAUUAAAUAUGCAUUCCCUAAAAAAAAGGAAUCUAGCGGAAAUACCAAUUCGAAAUUUCAGGAGAUUUCCAUUAAUAUUUUUGAUGAUGCAUUUAUAUCAAAAUCUUUAGAUUUUUUAUCUAUCUUUUUUUGUUUUAUUUUGUUUGAAAAUAAUGAAUUUAAGAUUUGUCGUCUUCCGUCUAUGGAUUGUGUUUUUAAAUCCAAUUUUUCUUUAUUACCUAGAAUUAUUCAAAAUAAUUUUGAUGAUGAAAAUAUAUAUGAAGUUUAUGAAAAUAAAGUUCAGGAAAUAUUGGUUACGAAUUUGGAUAGUAAAAUGGAUGAACCUUAUAUAUUGGCUCGUACUGAAUGGGAAGAUGUAAUUAUUUAUAAAGGUUUUCUGUAUACUGAGGAUGAGUCGACUUCUUUUCCUUUACGUUUUUUAAAAAUUGAAACACUUAAACUUACAACAAGCAUAUCUGCAUUUUGUAAUUAUCAAAAUCAUGAUAUGCAAUCUAAUGGGUCGGAUAAUGUUAAAAAUAAUGUUUAUUCGCUAUCUGGGAAAUCUAUGAUACCUUUUUCUGGUAAGAAUGGUAUUAAAUGCGUCUUCGUUGCUGGUGAGCUUUCAUAUUUUAUUAUUAAAACACCACAUUCAUUACCACGCAUAUUUUGUGUAAAUACAAAAAAUAAAAUAAUGAAAUUUUCUUCUUUUAAUGCUUUGAAUUAUGAAAAUGGGUUUAUUUAUAGUGAUUCUGAGGAUGUUAUAAAUAUUGGGAAAUUAAAUGAUGAUUUUAUUUAUGAUGGGUCUAUGGCUAUAAAAAAUGUAGCGAUUGGAAGAACAGUUAGUUCUAUUGCAUACCAUGUCUCGAAACAUGUUUAUGCUAUUUCUACUUCUGAGCUAGAAGAUUAUGAAGUUUUAGACGAAGAUAAUAUGCCUAUGUUUGAUCAUGAAAAUGAUUCUAGUGUUUCUUCUAAACUUCCUCAUGGUUUUUUGGAAUUAUUAUCCCCUAGAACAUGGGAAAUAAUUGAUAGAUAUUCGUUUGCUAAAAAUGAAGCUGCCAUUACUGUUAAAUCAGUUAACCUUGAGGUUUCUGAAUAUACUAAAGCCCGUAAAGAAUUUAUUGCUGUUGGUACUGGUAUAUUUCGUGGAGAAGAUUUAGCUAUGCGUGGUGCAACAUAUCUUUUUGAAAUAGUUGAUGUGAUACCCGAGCCAAAUAGGCCUGAAACAAACAAAAAAUUGAAAUUGGUUUGUCGUGAAGAAGUUAAAGGUGUUGUUUCUACAUUGUGUGAUAUAAAUGGUUAUCUUUUAAGUGCUCAACGACAAAAGAUUAUUGUUCGAAGUUUGGAAAAUGAUGAUAGAUUAGUUGGAACUGCAUUUAUUGACUUGAAUAUGUAUGUUUCUGUAGCCAAAAAUAUACGAAACAUGCUUUUGUUCGGAGAUAUUAUGAAAAGUAUAUGUUUUGUAGGGUUUUCUGAAGAACCUUAUAAAAUGGUUCUUUUUGGGAAAGAUCAUAGUUCUUUAUCUGUUUCAUCUGCAGAUUUUCUGGUAGAUGAUGAACAUUUAUAUUUUGUCAUUGGUGACGAUGAUGGGAAUAUUCAUGUUUUUAAUUAUGACCCUGAGAAUCCUCAAUCGUUUUCUGGUCAGAAAUUGCUUAAACGUGGAGAUUUCCACGUAGGUUCUCAUAUAAAAUCUAUAUUGAUGCUUCCUAAAGAAGCAUUUCCUCAGAACGUAAAUGAUAAAGAAGAAACUAGGGCUUCUAAAAAUCAAGAUUCUUUAUGUUUGUGUGCUUCUCAAGAUGGAUCUAUGGGUGUAUUAAUUUCGCUUCCUGAAAAAACAUAUAGACGACUUUAUUUUAUUCAAGGUCAGCUUAUUAAUACAGAGGAUAAAGUAGCCGGUUUAAACCCUAUUUCAUAUAGAACCUCUACCUAUGUUAGUAAAACAUCAAAUCCUGCUCGUGGAAUAUUAGAUGGAAAACUGCUUUAUCAAUAUAAUAAUCUUGAAAGAAAUAAACAGAAGGAUAUGGCUCGUAAAUCAGGGAUGCCCGUUGAAACAAUUAUUUAUGAUCUUUUGAAAAUUGAUCGUUCACUUGCUUAUUUAUAA